AUGGCGCGCCGGGCACGCCCAGACCUCGAUGCCAUGUGGAUUCAGGAGCUCCAGGCCUACUUGGAUGGAUUGCGCAAGAGAGACGAGAAGCGCAACAAGCAAGUGGAGUCUGUUCGAAGCGUCUUGGUCCUGGGCUGCUUCCUCAGAGCUCCGUUGCAGCUCGCGCAGAUCUUGUGUUUGGAGUGGCGUUGGGUCAAAGAUGCAGCAGAUUCAUGGACAUGCGGAUUCGGCAAAUCAGAGGCAUUGGAUGGUGUGCUGAUCCAACUGCACAAGGAAGCGAGGUAUGCCAUGGAGGUGAUACGCAAGGCUCAGAUCGCCCUCUUAUUGGCCAGCUUCUCUAUGGGAUGGCACAUUGCAAGCUGGGGUGUGUCCUGGCUGAUUACACCGCAGGAGGCAGUGGAUGCCUUCCAGUACGGUGCCAUGGUAAACACACUGGGAGACACACCAUGCAUGUUGCUGCUCAUCAACAGUUUCCUUCAAUUAGCGAGCUGUUCAAGCUACAUACCAAUUCAAUCUGUGGAUGCCGAGCUUCCGGAAGAGGAAGACAUGGGCCCGGUCUGA